CAGUAGGGCACAUAGGCCUGAAUGCAGCCAUGCCAAACUCCCGUGGUCUGUUCGAAGAGCAGCUUCCCAUUUCAGGCACUAGGAUGUCAUCUGUCUCCAAGUUUCCAAACCACACAAGGCAUGUGUGAUGGAGGAUCCUGUACCUUCCCCCUCGGUUUGGGACAUGAUUGCGUGGGGGUUAGUGUGUGCACACCUGAAGUCACUAACGGCUUUGAGGAUCGUAGCUGUUCUGCAGAGCUUUUCCACAGGGCACAGAAGCGAUGCCUAAAUGUGGAAGGUAUGGCCUCACAUGUGCAAGUCUUCUCCCCUCACACCCUUCAAUCAAGUGCCUUCUGUAGUGUGAAGAAACUGAAAGUAGAGCCGAGUUCCACCUGGGACAUGACUGGGUACGGCUCCCACAGCAAAGUGUAUAGCCAGAGCAAGAACAUACCACCUUCUCAGCCAGCCACCACAACCGUCAGCACCUCCUUGCCGAUCCCAAACCCAAGCCUACCUUACGAGCAGACCAUCAUCUUCCCAGGAAGCACCGGGCACAUUGUUGUAACAUCAGCAAGUAGCACUUCUGUCACUGGGCAAGUCCUCGGCGGACCACAUAACCUAAUGCGUCGAAGCACUGUGAGCCUUCUUGAUACCUACCAAAAAUGCGGACUCAAGCGUAAGAGUGAGGAGAUUGAGAACACAAGCAGCGUGCAGAUCAUCGAAGAGCACCCACCCAUGAUUCAGAAUAAUGCAAGUGGGGCCACUGUAGCCACUGCCACCACAUCGACUGCCACCUCCAAAAACAGCGGCUCCAACAGCGAAGGGGAUUACCAGCUGGUCCAGCAUGAGGUGCUGUGCUCCAUGACCAACACUUACGAAGUCUUAGAGUUCCUGGGCCGAGGGACGUUUGGGCAAGUGGUCAAGUGCUGGAAGCGGGGCACCAAUGAAAUCGUGGCCAUCAAAAUCCUGAAGAACCACCCGUCGUAUGCCCGGCAGGGUCAGAUCGAGGUGAGCAUCCUGGCCCGCCUGAGCACGGAGAGCGCCGACGACUACAACUUUGUCCGUGCCUACGAGUGCUUCCAGCACAAGAACCACACGUGCUUGGUGUUUGAGAUGUUGGAGCAGAACCUCUAUGACUUUCUGAAGCAGAACAAGUUUAGCCCCCUGCCCCUCAAAUACAUUCGCCCCGUCCUCCAGCAGGUCGCCACAGCCCUGAUGAAACUGAAAAGCCUAGGUCUCAUCCAUGCUGACCUCAAACCAGAAAACAUCAUGCUGGUAGAUCCUUCCAGACAACCAUACAGAGUAAAGGUCAUCGACUUCGGUUCGGCCAGUCACGUGUCCAAGGCUGUGUGUUCCACCUACUUGCAGUCCAGAUACUACAGGGCCCCUGAGAUCAUCCUUGGUUUACCAUUUUGCGAAGCAAUUGAUAUGUGGUCCCUGGGCUGUGUCAUUGCGGAGCUGUUCCUGGGCUGGCCGCUCUAUCCAGGAGCUUCCGAGUAUGAUCAGAUUCGGUAUAUUUCACAAACACAGGGUUUGCCAGCUGAAUAUUUAUUAAGUGCAGGGACAAAGACAACGAGGUUUUUCAACCGUGACACAGACUCACCGUAUCCUUUGUGGAGGCUGAAGACACCAGAUGACCAUGAAGCAGAGACGGGGAUUAAGUCGAAAGAAGCAAGAAAGUACAUUUUCAACUGUUUAGAUGACAUGGCCCAGGUGAACAUGACAACAGAUUUGGAAGGGAGUGACAUGUUGGUGGAGAAGGCAGACCGGCGGGAGUUCAUUGACCUGUUAAAGAAGAUGCUGACCAUAGAUGCCGAUAAGAGAAUCACUCCAAUUGAAACCCUGAACCACCCCUUUGUCACCAUGACACACCUGCUCGAUUUUCCCCACAGCACACACGUCAAGUCAUGUUUCCAGAACAUGGAGAUUUGCAAGCGUCGGGUCAAUGUGUAUGACACGGUGAACCAGAGCAAAACCCCUUUCAUCACGCAUGUGGCUCCCAGCACAUCCACCAACCUGACCAUGACCUUCAACAACCAGCUGAACACUGUCCACAACCAGGCUCCCACCUCCACCAGCGCCACUCUUUCCUUAGCCAAUCCCGAGGUCUCCAUACUAAACUACCAAUCUGCACUCUACCAGCCCUCAGCGGCAUCGAUGGCCGCAGUGGCCCAGCGGAGCAUGCCCCUGCAGACGGGAACAGCCCAGAUCUGCGCCCGGCCCGACCCCUUCCAGCAAGCUCUCAUCGUGUGUCCGCCCGGCUUCCAAGGGUUGCAGGCCUCGCCCUCUAAGCACGCUGGCUAUUCCGUGCGAAUGGAGAAUGCCGUGCCCAUCGUCACUCAAGCCCCGGGAGCACAGCCUCUUCAGAUCCAACCAGGUCUGCUCGCCCAGCAGGCCUGGCCAAGUGGGACCCAGCAAAUCCUGCUUCCGCCGGCAUGGCAGCAGCUGACCGGAGUGGCCACCCACACGUCUGUGCAGCACGCGACUGUGAUUCCCGAGACCAUGGCAGGCACCCAGCAGCUGGCCGACUGGAGGAACACCCACGCUCACGGCAGCCAUUACAAUCCCAUCAUGCAGCAGCCUGCGCUAUUGACUGGUCAUGUGACCCUUCCAGCAGCCCAGCCCUUGAAUGUGGGUGUAGCCCACGUGAUGCGGCAGCAGCCAACCAGCACCACCUCCUCCCGGAAGAGUAAGCAGCACCAGUCCUCUGCGAGAAACGUCUCCACCUGCGAGGUGUCCUCCUCGCAGGCCAUCAGCUCCCCUCAGCGGUCCAAGCGCGUCAAGGAGAACACGCCUCCGCGCUGCGCCCUGGUGCACAGCAGCCCGGCCUGCAGCUCCUCCGUCACGUGCGGGUGGGGCGACGGGGCCUCCAGCACCACCAGGGAGCGGCAGCGGCAGACGAUUGUCAUUCCCGACACCCCCAGCCCCACGGUCAGCGUCAUCACCAUCAGCAGCGACACGGACGAGGAGGAGGAACAGAAGCAUGCCCCCACCAGCACUGUCUCCAAGCAGAGAAAAAACGUCAUCAGCUGUGUCACGGUCCACGACUCUCCCUACUCCGACUCCUCCAGCAACACCAGCCCCUACUCCGUGCAGCACCGCGCUGGCCACCACACCAACACCUUUGACACCAAGGGCAGCCUGGAGAACCACUGCACUGGGAACCCCCGAACGAUCAUCGUGCCACCCCUGAAAACCCAGGCCAGCGAAGUGUUGGUGGAAUGUGAUAGCCUGGUGCCAGUUAACACCAGUCAGCACUCGUCCUACAAGUCCAAGUCCUCCAGCAACGUGACCUCCACCAGCGGUCACUCUUCAGGGAGCUCGUCUGGAGCCAUCGCCUACCGGCAGCAGCGGCCAGGACCGCAUUUCCAGCAGCAGCAGCCUCUCAAUCUCAGCCAGGCUCAGCAGCACAUCACCGCAGAGCGCGCCGGGAGCCACCGCCGGCAGCAGGCCUACAUCACUCCCACGAUGGCUCAGGCCCCGUACUCCUUCCCGCACAACAGCCCCAGCCAUGGCACUGUGCACCCCCACCUGGCCGCCGCUGCCGCAGCAGCCCACCUCCCCACCCAGCCCCACCUCUACACCUACACGGCGCCCGCGGCCUUGGGCUCCACCGGCACCGUGGCCCACCUGGUGGCCUCCCAAGGCUCGGCACGUCACACCGUGCAGCACACUGCCUACCCGGCCAGCAUCGUCCACCAGGUCCCCGUGAGCAUGGGCCCCCGGGUCCUGCCCUCGCCCACCAUCCACCCGAGUCAGUAUCCAGCCCAGUUUGCCCACCAGACCUACAUCAGCGCCUCUCCAGCCUCCACCGUCUACACUGGAUACCCACUGAGCCCCGCCAAGGUCAACCAGUACCCUUACAUAUAAACACUGGAAGGGAAGGGGAGGGGAGGGGAGGGAGGAUGUCCAGAGGGGAGGAGGGAGGAGGGGCGAGGUGGGAGCUGGGCUUUUUAUACUGAAGAUGCGGCACACAAACAAUGCAACAGGGCAGGGGGGGCAGGGGGCAGGGACCAGGGACCGACACAAAUGAAACUUGAACUAGGAGGUGGGGGGACUUAGGGCAGAGAAGAGAACAUUUUAAAAAAGAAGGGAUUGAGGAGGGGGAAAUCUAUGCUUUUUAUUUUAAAAAAAAAAAGAAAAAAAAGAAAACGUCAGUAACAAAAAACACAGCUCACGAACCCAUUCUGCACCAAACUGGAAAGGAGAAGAAGAGAGCAACAGAAGAUUCUGGAAGUGGGGGGCCCCAGUUUUUGAAGAACUUUAUCUAUGAACUUCUCAAAGAUUAUUUUCAUAUGGCGGCAAGUGACAUUUAAGAAUUUGCUGUCGGGGACACCUGAAAUGGAAAUCCAAUAGAUUUUUAAUUAUGGAACAUAAGAAUUAGGGAUUUUUCCAGAACUCUAAAGGGUCAGCAGCCCACUAGAAGGUCAGGCCAUGGCCUGAGGAGGCUGAUUUUGGGGGGUGGUGUGGGGUUGGCCAAGCCCAGUUCUGCCGCGUGUCAGGACUGAUGGGGGGGGUGGCCAGGCUGAAGGAAGCUCCCCAAGAGGGCACAGUUUCUCUUCUUGAGCACUCUGGAUAAAUCCCUAAGCAAUGUUACUCCUCCAGUGUCAUUAAUAAUGUGUGUUGCAAACUUUAGGUUUGUUUUUUCUUUUCCUGAAGAUUUAUUUUCUCUUUGAAUCAAUCCCUAGUUACGUAGCAUAGGGCUAGCGGUCGUCGCCGACACCCUAGUAGAAUGUAGCAGUCAGCACCCCUGUUUUCUACUUUGUGUUCAACUCCAAUGAUACCAAUAGACUAUUCCUCAAUAUAAUUGCACAAAAAAAAAAAAAAGUGAUAGAACAUAGGCAUGUAACCAGUAUGGUGGUCCAGGUGUGCGAGCGUGAAUGAGUGUGUGCGGGUGUGAGCGCGGAUGCCACCCUCGCUGUGUGUCCCUCGGCGCCGCCAUCACGGCUCUCGCAUCCUUGAUUUGACACCGGUCCCUCCUAGUGCCUUACCGACCCACAGACGCGGUGUGAGGGUUUACUUCCAUGGUACUCCAAGAAGCUGACUGAGGCGAGUCACAUCAUCUCAGCUCUUCUUUUGUGCUGUCGUAACAUUUACUCUGGUCUUUCCUUGUUUUCUUUUUUAUUUUUAUUUUAAUUUAAUUUAAUUUUAUUUUAAUACCGGUUGUCUUUUUUGAGCUAUCUGCUAGCAGAGGGGCAUCAGGGAGCUGGCAGGAACGGGGAAGGGAGCCCAGGGAUCUUGAGAGAGCUGUAGGAGACGGAUGGGUGGGUGGACAAAUCUGACUUUUACUUUGGAGACCAAGAGCAAGAGAGACUCCCCACCCUGCACCCUUACCGCACUGUGCCUCCAGUUCUGCCGGGGCGGGGGGGGGGGGCAGCUCUUAACCAUUUGUGGGAACAGAGGUCCCAUCUGUGUUGUGGGAAUGUUGGCCUUGUCUGGUGGCUGUCUCCUUCCUAAUAUGGAAGGACAGAGGAGAGGAGGCCCCUUGCAGUGUCUGGGCCUGGCACGGCCUUCCUGCUCUCUACGAGGUGGACCCAGCCCCAGGCCCUCACACCCACCCCACGCUCAUGCACAGCCCUGCCCGUCUCUCUCGUUCCACCAGCUGUGUAUUGCUCUCACAGUUUUGCCAGAUCCUUCCCUCUGUAGACAGCCAUCAACUUUUGUUUGCUGCUGCAUCUUUCCUCACGUUACCAGGCCUACCCAAGACUAGACUUUGUUCUUUGGUUUUAGAGGGGUCUGAUGGGCAGAAGGUCGGAGGGACAUCUAUGAGGGUAACCAGGGGGUCUUGCAUUGCACUUUGGAACACUCCUAUGGGCACUUAAGUUUCCAAAGAAAUUUGCCCUUUGCCCUCUUUGCACCAUUGAUACAUUCUGGAAGUUUUCUCAGGCUUUGAACACUGCUGGGGGUGGGGUGGAGUAGGGGUAUCUCCAUUCAUAGCAAAAUUACUCUUGAAUACACGAAUGUUGGGAGACUCUAUCUGGUCUUAGAUGGGGCUUAGAAGGGUGGCCCUAACUGUUUGAUUCUUGAUGCUGAGUCCUAACUGAUCCCGAAGCCAGGUUUCCAAGGUGCAAAGAGAUGGCUCCCAGUUUCGGCAGUUUGUCCCCACGCCCCCCGCCUCCUGCAGUUUCCCGUAACCAUCUACUGUGAACAGUGGUUUUAUAGUGAUAUCCAACCUAAUUCAGUGACGAAGCCAAGCCGUUACCUUAGCUGUUAGCUGUGAAAUGUGAAAUAACUCUGGAAAUUCCCCCUCCCCAAUCAUGAAUUCUACUCAUCUUACGAAGACAUAGGUCCCCGAACUGGAACCAACUUAGUCCAGGCCUGAGGCUGGAAGGAAGGACACCAGGACCCACUGGAGGUACUCAGGCAGCCCACAGGUCCCCGGCAGGUGAGCCUGUGAGACGUUCGCCCCAGGGCAAGACACUCUCCUCGUGGACCCACCGGCUGAUCGAUUGAUCAAUACUCUUUUCCCGGGACGUGGGGAAGGGCCAUCUCUCCAAGACCAUGGGAAAAUGGCCAGUCCAGAGAGAGUGGGGGAGAAAAGUCUUUGGAGGACACAUGAGCCAGAGCCCUCUCAGAGCCGUGCCGGCCUGGAAAAUUCACCUGUUCCUGACUUGGCGGAAGCCAAAUGACAGCAGAGCCCCACCACAUCUCCUGACCAGUGACAGAAGUCUUGGCUGCGAACGAGACUGCGUUGGCCUUGCUGGCAGCAUCCAGAUUCCCUCGCACGGCUGACUCCCAGCCCCUCCUAGAUCUGAUCUCCUAUGGGAAAAGACAACACAGCCUUCCAUUUUAAAGAAAAUUACUUUUGUCUACUUAAGUUGGAAGUCCCUUAUUCUUUCACCUGGUAUUUUCUUUGUUUUCUUCCAGAUCAGGAAUGAAAGUUCCAUGCUGCUCAUAAAGAUAAUAUUAUUGUACUAAUUAUUUUGGUUAUUACCAUUGUAAUUAUUAUCAUUAUCAUCCUGUUGAUAUUUUAGCUGGGGUUUUAAAUGCACAUUCAUUCCCAGUAUGUUUGUGUUUUCUCUUUAAUAUUUAAACUUAUUUUAUUAUAUCUGUGAGUUUAUGAGUAGGCAGGAAGGACAUGCAGAUGUCCAGUUUUGUUAAACAAAAAAACAAAAAAAAGGAAGGACCCAGAAAUUAGGAAAAUUGUUUCUGUCAUCUCUAGUCCACAAAGAGCUGUCAAGAAAGACCCACCACAGAACAAAAGCUUGAAGAAGAAUCAAGGCCUUUUCUGUGUGCAGGCCAGAUUGGACUCUUGACAACACGGUCACCAUCAACAUCGUAUUUUCCUAGAGUCUCAGUGACCUGGGAAGAGUUCCGAGGUGGCAUCUCCAGGACCCAACCUUUAGCUAUGGUUCUUUCCCACAUUUCCUGUGUUCUCCUUUGCUUCUGGAAUCUGCUAACUAGAUUCUUGGCCUGCCUCACAUCUGAUCCUGACCUGUCAUGCAAAAGAAAACCCCUCAGCCCAGAGCUGCCCCACGUGUCCUUCCUUUUCCCUUCGGUGCACCAGGAGUGUGGCCUAUCUCCUUCAGUGCAGAGACGGUUGUCCCCUCCUAGAAGCCACUGGCUGGAAUGAGCAGACGUAUGGGUGCUAGGCAGGUGGUACCUUCCCCUGGGGAAUUUCAGCCUCACCUGCCCUCCUUCCACUCACUGACCAUACUGCCCACUUCUCCGGUCUCUUCCCCCUUCCUCCCCAGUACCUCUUCUCAGCAUGCAAUUCUAGGGAUAGAACUAGGAGCCAAAAAAAGGUAGAGGGACGGUAAGAGGCCAGAGGAGUGCUGACAAGGUCAAGCAGCUCCUCCGACAUUGCGGGCAGGGCCCCUCUGAAAGCGUUAGCCAACAGAGGAGCACAGCGCAGCCUCGAAGCCUUGGUGCACGCUGCCGUGUGUAUGAUUGGCUUCUUAAAAUUGGCUUGAGGUUUCCACACGUUGCCCACCAAACCCAGAAAUUCGGGCCUUGGGUGGAAAUGCUGGUUUUGCUGAAGCUUACCGAGGGCAAUGCCAGGCUGUGCCUAGUCCUGGUGGUACCCGGCAAACAGGAGUGCAUCCUCCCUUCAUCCCCACCCGCCCUCCUCUUCCAGUCCCCAGCACAGAGCUGCAGGAUCAGAAGACCCCUGUGAGAGGCCAGGCUUCUUGUGCCCUCCUUAGCACGUGCCCGGAUCUCCUGUCCCUUCCUCCAGCUCUGAGUCACCCUGGCAAAUUGGAUGAAUCAAAGCCUGCCCGUCCCUAGGACCAAGCUCUCAAGUAGAGGGGUGCCGGCCUCGUCCUUGUUGAGACCACAAAUGACCUAGAGCGUCAUCUGUUCUUCAACUGUCUCUAGAUGAAGAAGCAUAGCACAGCUGAAGAGGGGAAGAUUGAAAAGGACAGGUCAAGGAGAACCAUGUACUCGUAGCCUCAGGAAGUCCAGGGGAAUAUGCUUCUGCCCAGUGGGUUCUUGCUGACCCAUCUGGGCGUGCGCACCCAUGUCUCUGCACUUAGUGCCUCGUUCAUGACGUUCUGGCUGUUUCCAAGGGAAGGGGUGAGCAGGCCGACGGGUGGGAGAGUCUGAGGCUUCAUGCCAGUUAAUACUGUGAAGUGGCGCACGUGGUUGAUGGAGUUCAGAGGGCAAGGAAGGGUUGAGGCAAACCGGUGGUUGUCUCCUCGACUGUAUUUGCAUUCUGGCCUUACUGGCAGUGAGUGGCUUGCAGGCUGGGGGAGCCAGCUGGCCUUGCCCUCUUCACCCUGGACGACUUAACCCGCCCAAACACCAGAUUGUUGGAUGUAAGGACGGGAGGGGGAGAUGAGCACAGCUGCUAAGAGGCCGAUUUCCCUUGACCAGGUCUCUGGAAGUGCAAACACUCAUUUUUGAACAAGCGUGUGGUGGAGGAUUUGGGUUGUGUGAGUGUGUGUGUGUGAGUGGAGCAGACUUUCUUGGAAACUGGAGGAAGGAGAUGAGGAGGCUUAAGGAGAUACUGCUGACAGGUUGUGGUUGGUGAAACGAGGUGUGUCUGUGAGCUGGCCCCAGCUUUCAUCCCAGGCCGUCUUGGGUGCUGGGGCCAGGGUAGGGGAUGAGGCCCCUGCUGGCCUGCCCAGGAGCUGCUAGGACCGAUCACAGAAAGAAGAUAACGAGGUGCCCUGGGGUAGCAGAGGGAAUUCAGCAGGGAGGCGAGGACCCUUUCUGCAGGCCUGGCCUGGGAUCUCACGACGCGAGCCUGAGCCAUUUUGCCAGGAAACAUUCCAGCCCCGGAAGCACUUUGCAUGCUGUUCUCUUCCUGAUGUGUCUCACAGAUUUCAGACGGGGAAGCCUCAAAAUUGAGCAGGCCAGAGCUGUCCUUACCAAAUUAGAAAGGAAGGUGCAACUGUUCCUUUCUUUAGCCAAAGAACCCUUCUCAAAGACACCUCUACAUGGGGACAAAAUGGCAUUCCUCUCCUUCCUCUCCGGGCAAUAAGGACAUCGUCAGUGAUGUGAUUCCAUUUGUCUCUCUUUCCUCUCUCCUGACUUGUUUUUUUUUUUUAUUGCAUUUAUUUUCAAACUGUAUCCAUUUUUUUUAAGAGGAGUAGAGAUUAAUAACCGUAAAUGCUGCUGUUGGGAAGCUGGAGGCACCGCAUGAGUACGUGGGCUUAACUCGUGUCCUAUAACGCCGGGUAUGGACCGAAGCGGACCCUGGGCCCGAAGUUCGGCUGCGUUGGGGGGUCAGAUGCACGUGGGAGCUGCACUGGGCGUGUCAGUACUUUUCCACGUUGAUGCCUUAGGACUGUCACUCCGAAUCUCCACGGACUAGACUCAGUCAAAUCUCAGUCGGGCUACUAGAGAAUUGAAGAUUAAACGCAAAAGAAACCUUCCAAAGGCUUUUGGCGCCCUUGCGCACUAGAGUGGCCCAAGCUAGCAGAGGUCUCUCACAUCUUUCUCGCAGCUUCCAGAAGUUCAGGAAAGCCAGCUCCAAGCCAGUUGGCCCUUUGAGACACAGUGAGCAUUUACAGAGAAGGGUCCCUCCUGCAGAACACCCCUUCUCAGAGAUCUUCCUCGUUCCCCACAAGUCUUUGAGGGCCCCUACCCUCGACAGCUGCAUCCGAGCAGCCUGUCCACAGUCUCCCAUUUGUUAAAGCUUGCGGCGUCCCUCGAGGAAGUAGGUAGGAGCCAGCACGUGCUGGAUGCUUUCAGUGCGCAGGGCCCCAGGCCAAGCCCCCGGUAAGCUUAUCCCCUGGAGCCCUCAUCACUGCCCUAUUGAACCGUAGAAAGCUGAUGUUCUGAGAAAGCACGUGUUGAAGCAAAGGAAGAACAAUGGUGGUCCAAAAUCUCCAAGUUUCUAGUGAAAUUUUUGUUAAUCGGGACUUCACUGAGAUACCAUUUCGUUCUGCUUCUUUAAUUAACAGCAAUGAGUGGCUUCCUAUUUUCUGACAAACCAUCUAAUGAGACUUCUGUUUAUUGUGUGCCAAACACUGUGCUAAAAAUUGCUCAUUGGUUCUCUUGUUUCCUUUAGUCUUCAUAAUAACGCUAUGAAAGAGGCCCCCUUCAUCCCUUUCCAGAUGAGGCAUGUGGCUUGGAGAGCUGGUGACAUGCCAGGGUCACACGGCUAGUGAGGGAGCCGGGCCUUGAACCUGGGUCUGCCCAGCUCCAGGACCGAGCUCACAGCCGCCAGCCUCCUCGGCCACCUCCAAUGUGUGUGUGUGUGUGUGUGUGUGUGCAUGCGCGCGCGCACGCGCGCAGAGAAAGGCCUUGAAGGAAUGUCACCCCUUGCCAUCCCUGCCCCGUGCGUGCAACCCAGCAGAAGGUCUGAAUGAAGAGGGAGCCCUGGAUUGGAUGCAAGCAGAAGGGGCAGAAUUCGUUGGACUUUUAGAGAAAAUCUUAGGGGAGUUUCUUUUGACUCACAGUAGAAUUCAUUUUAGAUUCCUUUCCAGUGUACCAACUAGCUUUAGUAGUGCUGCUACAACAAACUUACGAAUGAAGAAAAAAGUGUUCUUUUCUUCUUUUAAAAAGAAAUAAAUUUUUUCUUGCUUAUAGUUAAUUCUAGAAAGGCAAUACUAAAGGUAUAUAUUUUUUUUAAAAUGCUAUUUUUUACUGCACUGAUAAAUAUCAUGACAACUCUGGUCUCUAUAAUUGAUCCACUCUUCAGCUCUGGGUAGAACCAGAUGCGGGAUUCACACCAAAUUUGUAAAUACCGUGUGUGGGUCUGGUGUCCAGGAACUUUUUUCUUUGUGUAAAAAAAAAAAAAAAUGGAGAAGGAGAGAAAAACAAGAUGACUCUUAGAAAGAGGAACCAAAUAAGGGUUUCUUUGGAGAUAACUUUCUCAAAGAAAUGGAAAGCACGGUUAUGUAAACAGAAAAAUCAGCCAAUUUUUAGGGUAUAAGGAAGGAGAGUCUCUUGCCGCAGUAUGAGAUUAAUAGUAAUACAGAAGCAUUUUUAAUUUGGUUGAGAGGUGACAUGAAUUUAGAAAUGCUUUAGGGUGAGAUUUUUAAUUUUUUAGAAAACUAUUAUCAUGUGUUAUGAAACAUCUUCUCAGUUGUCUUGGGUGGGUUUUUUGUUUCUUUUUUAUUUAAGAAAAAAAAAAAAACUUCUUUACUGACUGGCUCCAGGCUUGUUUGCCUAAAUUCUUAGGUAGUUUACACAAGUUCGUUCUAGAACCUUCUAGAACUUUGACUCCAUUGGAAGCAAACCCAACUAAUCAGAAUUUGAGAUCCUGGUUGGUUUCAAUAGGUAUUCUGGAAUUCUGACAGAACACCUGAAGAUUUUUUUAAAGAAGGUUUUAGAUACAUUAUCUUACACAAACUGUGACCUAAUGGCAAUAAUUACCUCAAAUGUGGGCAUUCAUCCUGGUUUUAGCCUUUUUUGAAAUCAUGUAGCCAGCUUGAUCUUGGGAUUUAAAAGACUAUGAACUCUGUAUGGGCUGAAAAUAAUGAUUAAUGCACACCCUGGUCAUUGUUGCUUAAGUGAAUUCUGAAAAUAGCUGAUCUUUACAACAAAAAUCAAACCAAGGAAGAGAUUAUUCUUUGUGUGUUGUAAUGAAAUGUGAUAUUCAAAUGCACAUGUUAAGUAUAUAUGUUUUUAGCUACUGUAAAAUGCUGUUAGCCUUCUAAGAUAUCGAGAGAGCCACAUUUUAAAUGCAUAAACUAAGUAAUUGACUGUGGAUACUUAAGCAUAUUUCUGGCUACGUUUUAUAGUUAAAGUGUUUUAUAGUUUACAUUUAAACUGGUACUUUUUAAAGAAAAUUUCUGUUUAUAACUGACAUCUUCAAACCCCAACGAUCGCCUCUUUAGUUGGAGGCCAUGCCCCUCCAAGGCAGGUGUUUUCUACCCAUACUGUUGUGUAGUCCAACACAAGCGUUUCCCUCCACGUUACUUCCUGGUUUCCAUGUGAACGCGAGAGAAUGUGAACGGAUUUCUGGAUUGAGUGGGAAGGGAUGAGUCCAUAGCCUGGGCCAGAUGUGAAGACCUCAUGCCAUGUUGUAACAACAAUUUCUCCAAAGAGGCCUUCUCUUUGACAUCGUGGAAGAGGCAGAGAGAACAGGAUCUUUGAUUGAUUUUGUCUUGAUAUGAAUGUUUAAUUUCUAUCGAUCCACUGACUUCCAGUCACCAUGCAGUAGAAGACACUGGGAUUCAGGUGGCCCUGAAGGUACAGGUGCUGUUUCUGGGCCCCUGGCAAUAUUCUGAUUGGUGUUUUGCAGGGGGGGAGUCACACAUCCCUAUGCCCACAUUCAUCAGCUGGGCUUUCCAUAUACCUGCUGUCACUGAUUCCUUUUCUCCUUUAAAACAAAAUAAAUGCAAAAGGAUGUGUUUACUUUUUACUCUGUCAAACUCAGAUUUGAAGCCUAGGUCGAUGGGAAGGGGGACACUAGAUUGCUCCCUAGAGACUGUAAGUGCUGCUGAGCAGGGGUAGGGCUGGGGAACCUAGGGGCAGCUGGGGGAGGGGCGUGGGUCUUUGAGACCCCUUGAAGUAGAGAUGGUCACUGUGACACUUCAGAGAGUGGGCCCCACUGUCUUUUAGGAACAGGCCAGAACAUGCUGGUUUCCCUAAGAGUUUUGGUUUGUUUCUUGUUUUCUCUUGUACCACAACCCAAGUGCAGAGGACCUGCUGUGGUAAAGGGCAUUCCGUCAGCAGAUAGGACCUUGCAGACUGCAGAACACCUGGGACCAGGGAACUGUUAGUGUGCGUUCCUUCGAAUGCAUUCGCAUGUUCCCUGUGACCUCUGUGGACCGUAUGUUCUCAUGACAGUUUCUUAUAAGAAAUGUUAGGGUAAAAUUUUUUUUUUUUUAUCUUGCCUUUGCUAAUAAUACUCCUGCUUUCCUUCUGUUUGGUCUUUUCCUUUGUUUGAAACUCACCAAAUUAGUUUUAUGUCAUUGUCUUUGGGGCUUAACCAUACGUUUAAAAACUAGAAGCAUAGAAAUUAGCUUCAAAAAAAAAAAAAAAGUAAAUACGCUGAAUCUGAAACUCGCUCCCUCUAGUGUCCUUUUAACGCUCCACACAGGUCUCUCCUGGUGCAGCCUCCCCGCUCCUUGUCCGGGUCAGUGUCUCGGGGCCACCCCCGCCUCCACCCCACUGCCACCACAGCCCCACACGCAGGCACCUAAGGACUCCCAGGACACUCUCAGGAGCCAGGAAGAAGGACCCACUUGGCCUUGUGAGCAGUGAUCUUGCUUCCCUGUUAGAUACUCACCUGCUCGGUGGAAGGGGCAACGGAUGUAUCAUUAUUAUUUUCAUUAUUAUUAUUAUUAUUAAUUAUUAUUUUAUUAUUAUUUUAAUAGUUUUCGGCUCAGGUUAUAAGGAAGAACUUGGGAGGUGGAAAGUGACUUGACCAUGCCCAUCCUUUGUAGCUUUCUGUGACUCCUGAAUGGAACAUGAAGCGUCCCCCACCCCACUCGCUGCUUCUCACUUCCAAGCAGACACCCCCCGUGGGCACCGCCUCCGCCUCGGGGUUUCCCCCACCCUUUCAUGCUCCCUUCCACAUUUGUGUUACUGCUCAUUUAAAGCUGUCUUCCGUGGCUUUUCCAGGGCACAAUCAUUUCUGGCCCCCAAAGCAUCUCCUCAUCCUCUGUGUGCAUUUUUUAACCAAAUGAAGUAACCAGGAAGUCCUACUUUGGGGCAGCAGACUUUCUAGUUUAGUAGAAUCACUGUAGAGAUAGAGAUGUUGAUAUAUAUGUUAGUGUAUAUAUAUAUCAAACCAAAUUUCUGAUAGGAGAAGUAUAGCUUUACGGAUGAGGAGAAAGGAGCUUUCAGAAGUCAGGCAGCGUUGGUGGCGUCGACGAGCCCGGGCCGGCCCCAGGCUGCGCCUUCCCUGUGUGGGCCUGAGGCACGGCGCCGGUUUCUCGCCACCCACCUCACCACAGCGGAGGCAGGUGGCCCUGAGGGGGGCCGCUGCGCUCUCUGGGUUCCCAGCCUCCAGGGCACGGUGAGUGAGGGGGGCAGCAGAUCAGAACGACCGGAAUUUUCCAUCCCAUUUUGCGUUGACCACAUGUACUGAGCCGCAGCCUCUGAUACUAUAUCGCGUUUCCAAAAGCGGGAUCCCUUAGGAUGGAACGAGAACAGAUCUGUAGAAAUGUUUACCUUUCAACUGCCCAUGAAUUCCGGACACUGGAUAGAAAGACUCACUCCCCAGAAUGAGAGCCGGGAAGAGGAGACCCGGUGAUGAUUGGUCACCAGUCCAAGGAACAUGGCUCCCUCCCCAAGGUCACCUUGCCUACAUCUUCCUCCACCAGGUCAUCUCAGCUCAAUAGCCCUACGAAAGCCCCGGUCUGUUGUGUUCCUUCACUGUACGGUUUCUGUAAUGAAAAGUGUUAAUCCAUGUUAAUCUUUGUGAAAAUUAUUGCGUGCAACAGUAUUUUCUCGUGUACCUCUUUUUCCUAUGUGAAUUGUCCCUCUUUUCUUUUUUAUUUAUAAAUGUCUACUUUUUUUAAAAAACAAACCAAUGUGUUGUAGACCUAUAUGUAACCUAUUCCUUAGUCUCAUAUUAUAGGGAUGUUAUAAGAAUGGAUAUUUUACUUGGCUUUAGAAUGUUUUACAAGAAAAAUAAUUCUUAACUGAUCAAGUCCUUGCUACUAAAAUGCUUGUGUUUUUCAUCAUGAUGUCGUGUGCUUCUAAAUUAAUAAUCGUUUUCGUUGUAGAAAAAUGGAGUGAAUUUAUAUUAGUCUUGGAAACUAAUAAUAGCAUUGUAAAUUUAUGAGAUGAUUUUAACAGAAAAAAAUUAUAGAAGAAUAUAGUUAUUUUAAUUGUAAUAUUACUAACUGUAGGGUGAGAAAGGGGGGUCCCGUUGUGAUGAACUAUGUUAUAGCUUGUUACUCACAGUUUCUUUUUGAUCAUUUUUUCGGUCUCUGAGGUGAAACGAGUUAUUAAUUAAAAUUUGUAAACUCACAUAUGCAUAUUGUAUAUGUGUAGAAAUGUAAUCACACUUUGUCUUGGAAUUACAUUAAACUGUUUGGAAUCACUGUA